UAAUUACAAUUUUCUCGAAUCCAAUUAACCGACUAUCCACAUUAUUUCCACAACACUAAUAGUUUCUACCAAAUUUUGUUAUCAUUUCCAAUAGAUUAGAAUACAAGUAUCAAAAAACAAGAAUGAAAUCAAAACAAUUAAAAGUAGUAGACCUUAAAAGUGUCAAAAGCAAGAAAACCAAGAAAUUUUUGUGCUUUGGUCUAAUUGGUUUGGCUAUAAUCCUGCUGCUGGUAGCAUACGCUUCAACUGCCACAACAAAUACAAUGACCCGUUGUAUAUUCUGUGAUAUUGUGGCCGGAAAAUCACCCAACACGAAAAUUGAACUUGAAACCGAAGAAUAUGUGAUUUUUAAAGAUAUUAAACCAGCAUCGACUUAUCAUUUUCUGUGCGUAACUAAACAGCACAUAGAAAGUCUUAAGGCCAUGACCAAAGAAGAUAUACCACUAGUCAAUCGCAUGGAAGAGGGUUUAAAGGGUUUUUUAAAAUCCCAGGACAUAGACAUGAAUGAUGCAUUAUUUGGCUUCCAUAUGCCACCCUUUAUAAGUGUCAAACAUUUGCAUAUGCAUGGCAUAGCACCACGUUCGAAUAUGUCUUGGACGAAUAGUUUUAUGUUUAAACCUUCAUCGUAUUGGUUUAAAACGGUUGAGGAAGCUAGACAGUAUUUGGAAAAUAAAUCAUAAAAUUUACAACUUCCAAUUCGUGUUGAAAUUUCUAUUACAAAAUUAUUGGUUUUAGGUACAAAUUUAUAUUAAUUAGCUAGCAAUAUUUUUUCACUCAUACAUAUUCAAUUGUGUAAAUUGUAGGUAUAUUUUUGUUGUAUAAUUUUAAUAAUAAAUGCAAAAUGCAAUAAAUUUAAUUAAAAUAAUAAAAUAA